CUUGAAAUGCUCAGAGGAAGCUUCCUCGAAGCUGCCAUGCCACUCCAUUCAUUCCAAGCAUUUAACACCCCAUCCUUCCACCUUCUUUCCACUCAAACCUCUCUUCUUCCUCUCUUUCCUUUCUACGUUUUUUCCUACUGUUUCUUUGCCUCUUUGGUUCUCUCAUUUUUGCCAUGAAGCUCGUCAAGAUCAACCAGCUCAACCCGAAGAACCUCAUUGUCAGCCCGACACGCUUAUUUCGGUCCAAAAAGGACCGGUCCUCUGUAUCCAGGUCCGACCCAUCUUCUUUCGGCUCCGGGACGUCGUCGGCAUCGAGUUCCGAUGCAUCCACGUCACACCAAAAGCCUGGUUCCGGCGUCGGCAUCACCAAUCUUGGGACCCCCAAGAGUGUUUUGCCCGAGAUAUUGGGUAACUGGUCCGAUUCCUCGGCAGAUAUGAACGUCGAACUUGCGCAAGCGUUCAGGCUCACAGACAGAGAUGACGACGGGUUAGUGUCGAGAAAAGAGCUGCAGGCUCUUCUGAGCCGGAUCGGAGCCGAGCCUCUGAGCGAGGAGGAAGUGAAGAUGAUGCUGAACGAGGUGGAUCGGGACGGAGACGGGCACAUAAGCUUGGAAACGUUGCUGAGCCGGUUCGGUUCGGCUUGUGGACCGGCUUGCGACUCGGAGCUGCGCGAGACGUUCGAUAUCUUCGACGCGGAUCACGACGGGAGGAUCACGGCGGAGGAGCUGUGGGGAUUUUUCACGGCCAUGGGGGACGAACAGUGCACGUUAGAGGACUGCCGGCGCAUGAUAGCCGGGGUGGACAAGAACGGCGACGGGUUUGUGUGUUUCGAGGACUUCUCGCUCAUGAUGGAGCUGCAGAGAUGAAGUGAUGAUAUGAUACCAUCGUAUAUGAAUGAUGAUAAAAAUGAUGAUCAUGCGAUGACGUGGCUCCCGAUUUUCAAGAUAAUGAAAAUCCUUUGUAUUUUAUAGUGUUUCCGUUUUGGUUGUAAGGUUUUUAUGGGAGCCGAGAGCGAUCAAAGGGAAUUGAGAUCUUGACGAUUGUGAAAUCGACGGCUGUCGUUGGUCAAAGUUUAAGUCGAGAAUGAAUUUGUGUUCGGUUUUUAACGUAUGAAUAUUAACUUGUCUUGAGCAUUUUCCUUU